AGUUCAGAUGUCAUCAUAACGAAAGAGGACUCAAGCACGUACUCCUCCAGCGAGGAUUAUAGUAUCUCCCUUGCAAAUCCUAGUUCUGAGUCGAUUGUCGAAUCCACAUUUGAAAGCACCACUCAAAAUUACUCAACAAAUGAGUACAAUCUUGUGUCUGAAAGUGGCAGAACCACAAAAUCCCCUUUGACAAGCGAACUUUCGUCCCCCGAGUGUCUGACUUCGAUUCCACCACCGGUUGGCUCAACUUUGAUGCUACCGCUUUCAACAGCCACUAGUAUUGAAACAACAGUAGUCACCCUUAGUACUUGUUCAAAUGACAUCUGUUCCGAAGCUUCUCGUACAGUUGUUUUAUCAACAUUGAUUACAGGUACUACAAUAUAUGGGUGUUCAUCUUCUGCCAUCGAAUUAGAGUCAUCAACUUCCUUAGCAGCUGAAGCAAGCUCUGCAAAUAUUGAAUCAAGUACAUCCGCUAUUGAAUCAAGUUCUUCCACUGAAUCAAGCUCAUCCACUAUUGAAUCAAGCUCCACUAUUGAAUCAAGCUCCACUAUUGAAUCAAGUUCUUCCAUUGUUGAAUCAAGUUCUUCCAUUGUUGAAUCAAGUUCUUCCAUUGAAUCAAGCUCCUCCACUAUUGAAUCAAGCUCAUCCACUGAAUCAAGCUCCUCCACUUACACAAGUAUUGCUUCUGUGGCUUCUACAUCAACUGAGUCAUCUUCAACCCCGGUUUAUUCCACCAUAAGUGAAAUCCAUACAACUAUCGUCACUGUUACAUCGUGUAAAGACAACAGUUGUAGCAAAGUUACGCAAACCACUGGACUCACUACUGUUACGGAGGAUACAACAGUUUACACAACAUAUUGCCCAUUGACCAGUGAGUUUGAGUCUUCGACCUCUUUAGCUGCCGAGGCAAGCUCCUUUAGUGUUGAUUCGGGCUUCCCUUCAUUUGAAUCAAGUUCUUCCACUGAAUCAAGCUCAUCCACUAUUGAAUCAAGCUCCACCACUGAGUCAAGUUCUUCCAUUGUUGAAACAAGCUCAUCCACUGAAUCAAGCUCAUCCACUAUUGAAUCAAGCUCGUCCACUAUUGAAUCAAGCUCGUCCACUAUUGAAUCAAGCUCCACUAUUGAAUCAAGCUCCACCACUGAAUCAAGCUCCACCACUGAAUCAAGCUCCACUAUUGAAUCAAGCUCAUCCACUAUUGAAUCAAGCUCCACUAUUGAAUCAAGCUCAUCCACUAUUGAAUCAAGCUCAUCCACUAUUGAAUCAAGCUCCUCCACUUACACAAGUAUUGCUUCUGUGGCUUCUACAUCAGCUGAGUCAUCUUCAACCCCGGUUUAUUCCACCACAAGUGAAAUCCAUACAACUAUCAUCACUAUUACGUCGUGUAAAGACAACAGUUGUAGCAAAGUUACGCAAACUACUGGACUCACUACUGNUCUACAUCAACUGAGUCAUCUUCAACCCCGUUGUAGCAAAGUUACGCAAACUACUGGACUCACUACCGUUACGGAGGAUACAACAGUUUACACAACAUAUUGUCCAUUGACAUCGUCCAUUGAAAGUGCAGCAAGUGAGGAGUCAUCAGCUUCAUCUAAGCCUAAAAUUGUUUCAUUCUCAACAUCAAUGUCACCACCUGAGCCUAGCACUUUGUACUCGACAUCAUUGCCUAUACCACCAUAUUCAGUACUUGAGUCCACUACAUCUCCAGUACAAGAGGUCGAGACAGUUUUAUGCAGUGGAAGCAAAUGCUCAACUUCCUUGGCUGCUGUACCUAGUUCCCAGCUGGAGUCGUCAGCUGAGAUUCAAAGUGAGCAACAAAGCACUUCAUCAAGUAGUCAAGUAACCCUGUCUACCACUGAUGCCGAGACUACAUCACAAGAAGUUGUGCCUACCAUCAGUGUUGAAACAACUUCACAAGUAUCACCUUCCGAUGCCGAGACUACAGCACAAGAAGUUGUGCCUACCAUCAGUGUUGAAACAACUUCACAAGUAUCACCUUCCGAUGCCGAGACUACAGCACAAGAAGUUGUACCAACCACUGACGCUGAAUCUACUCCACAAACUGCAAGUCUGAAGGUCACUACUACUAUUCCAGCUUCAUCUACACAGCUUGUUGUUGGAUCUACCACUCCAGUGUCGAAAAGUGCAGCUAGUUCAAGUAAGGUGGAAACUUCAAGUGAACCAUUCGUCACCACCAUUGUCUCAUACAACUCAGACGAUGGUGGCGUCACAACUACAUUUACUUCAACAAUACAAACCACAUCUCGUGCUCAAGGAUCGUCACCAGAAAGUGGGGUGGAAGUUUCCUCAGCUACAACUGAAUCAAGUUCUGCAAGUGGACCAGAAGAGAGCGCUACACCAAGGUUUGCAACACCAGUCAGUGUUACCACCCUUUCCCAAUCAGUGUCUUUGGUUUACAAUUCAACCGCAGUACCAGCAAUUUCCACAUUUGAAGGAUCAGGUGUAUCAAAUACCGCAACCCUUGUGGCAGUUAUCGGAAUGUUGCUAUACUUUGUUUAG